AUGAUGCUUUGUCGUCUCGUCGAAAACCUGGGAUGGACCACCUCGCGCAAGUACUGCUUCUCCCUCCUCUUCAUCGCCGUCAUCUGGGCCAAACUCCUUCAUAUCUACUCCCAUCUCAACUCACUCCCCUUGGGUCAGUUUCUGCUGUGGGGUCCGACUUUCUUUCUGCAGGAUGCUUUGUGUGUCCUCGUUUUCAGGGCUUUGACCCGGAAUUUCUAUAACAGAUGGCUCCGCGUCCUGGCAGCUUCGAUAGUUAUCCCCGCCAGUCUAGGGGCAUCCUUGAUGGCUGCUGCGAAUACCUCCUUCUAUAUCACCACUGGCGCUGAAAUUCACUGGCGCCAAGCACGUUCCUUCCACCGCGAUUUUGCCUCCGUCAAAACACUCCUAGCUGGCUUGACUGGUCUUCUCAUAGUCGAGGCCCUAUACAUCAUAGCAUCCUGGUUUACAACACCUUAUUUGUACAAUUGUGUGAACAAAGUCCUGGAAAUUUUGGGUUCAUCUUUGUCUUUUCGGAGAAAGUCGAGAAAGUCUCUUCCGAACCCAGAGAUCUAUGAACAAGUGGCUCAUGACAACUACGACAAGAUCCACUCGGACUCGGUUCUGUCACUAGAUGCAUCUGAGAACGUAACAAGGAUCACUAAGAAGUCCCGUCUGGCACGCUUUGCCGUGCUCUUUCCCACGGUUUCUGCUAUCCUUCUGUACUGUAUUCGGCCGUCCGGCCAUGCGUACAGUUUUCUUUCUGAUAGCCUCCUUUUAACGCCUUUUGGUGGCUCCAAACCACAUAAUGGCCAUGCAUCUAUUGAUAUUCCUAGUUCGCUAGGCGACUACAGCUGGCUGGAAAACCGCACAGCUCUGGCCAUGCCACCCAAAUUCGACUGGCUACCAUUUGAGGAGCUGGCCGGGUUUCGAGACUGGUAUGCGAAGUCGAAUGACGAGGAACCACGCGUCCAUUACAAUCCGACCCAGGACCCUCUGCAUAUUUCAAACUUAGAAGGCGAAAUCAUCGACCCUCUGCGCGAGACCCUCCAAAACGGCAGUGUCAACAUCAAACAUAUCUUCCUCCUCAAGCUGGAAAGCACCCGAGAAGAUGUUUUCCCUCUGCGCAAAGAUUCCUUUAUGCAUAACCGCAUCCGGCAAUCAUACAGUGGUCGAAUCCCCGCUGAUGUCGAGGAAAGACUGGCUCACCUGACUUCUACCGCGGAGCGCUUAACUGGAACCCCGUCAGGAUUCCAUGGAAGCGCGAUUAAGCCAUAUGGUGGAAUCCAUGCAACAAACUCCCACACUACUGGUACAAUGACUCUCAAGAGCCUGACAGGAACUAUAUGUGGCCUUUCACCUUUAGUCGCUGACUUCAACCGCGAAUACCUACACCAUAUUUACCAGCCCUGCAUGCCACAUAUUCUUCAAGCGCUAAAUGCUCAAUCCAAUGGUCCCAAGACGGAUAACUUUACCUCAUGGCCAUGGCAUUCCGCUUUUAUGCAGUCAAUCACUGAUCUCUACGACAACCAAAACUUUCUGACGCCAGGUCACGGCUUUCAGAGAUCAGUCAAUGCAGAUACAUUGGGCCCCUCGACUAAGGCUGAGAAGUUUAAUUUCUGGGGAUACCCCGACAAUGAACUACGCAGCUAUUUCCUUGAUGCUAUCAACAAGGCAGAAAGGAACCAGGAGCGCCUCUUCCUCACCCAUCUUACCGGCAUCACCCAUUACCCGUGGGAUAUGCCUCGUAAUGAGUUUGUGGAAAUGGUGGGAUCUACAUAUCUUCCAUUUAAUAAGAAGCUAAGCCGUCAUUUGAACACCAUUCGCUUCGCGGAUCAAUGGCUUGCAGACAUAUUGGAGAUUUUAGAGGACACCGGUGUCGCUAAUGAGACUCUACUUGUAGUGACCGGUGAUCAUGGCAUUACACUUCCUGAAGAUGGUGGUGUCACUCCAUGUGAUAACCCUCAUAUCUCAAAUUUCCAUGUCCCAUUGGUCUUUGCCCACCCACAAAUUCCUCCAAUCGAAAUCGACUCUCCCGUUACGUCCAUGCAGAUUCUACCUACUAUUCUUGAUUUAUUGAAGGAGUCCUCAUCUCUCGACGAACAUGCCACACGUGCCAUUGAGGAUCUGCUUCCUAUGUACGAGGGCCAAUCCAUCAUCCGACCUCUUGUUCCCGAGGUAGGCGGAAAGCAAGACUGGCAAUUCAGCACCAUGAACACUGGAGGAACCUGGCUUGCGUUACGAUCUGCCGCUAAGCCUUACCGUCUCAUUAUCCCCCUUAUCCCUGAUGUGGAAUGGCGAUUCUCCGACGUCAGCACUGACCCGGGGGAGCGAAAUUACCUCAUAUCGUUCGAUCUCUUGUCUCUUAUCAGCCAGGUAGAGGUGCUGCAUGGGUCUGAGGCUGUCCAGUGGGUCAGUGAUGCGGCACACAUUGCUCAGUGGUGGGUUGCAGAGAAUUGGCGCCGUUAUGAAUACACCCCAUAA